UCCGCUUCCGGUCGUCCUCUUCCCGGCCGCUUCCUCUGCGCUCGGCGGCGGCCCCCCGCCCCCUCCUGGGAGCAGGAGCCCGAGGAACCCCGGGGUGAGCGGGCGCGGGGGGCGGGCUGUGGCCGGGACUCCUUUGCCGCGGGUCUCUCUGGAUGCGGUGACUGGCUCCCUACUCUCCGCCCCCCCCCACCUCUGUGGCCCCGGGGGGCCCAGACCAGCCGCCAGCAUGUCCACGUCCUCGCUCCGCCGGCAGAUGAAGAACAUCGUCCACAACUACUCGGAAGCGGAGAUCAAGGUGCGGGAAGCCACCAGCAAUGACCCCUGGGGGCCUUCGAGCUCCCUCAUGUCUGAGAUCGCAGACCUCACCUACAACGUGGUCGCCUUCUCCGAGAUCAUGAGCAUGAUCUGGAAGCGUCUCAACGACCACGGCAAGAACUGGAGGCACGUCUACAAGGCCAUGACCCUCAUGGAGUAUCUGAUCAAGACCGGCUCGGAGCGCGUGUCCCAGCAGUGCAAGGAGAACAUGUACGCGGUGCAGACGCUGAAGGACUUUCAGUACGUGGACAGGGACGGCAAGGACCAGGGCAUCAACGUGCGCGAGAAGGCCAAGCAGCUGGUGGCCCUGCUGCGGGACGAGGACCGCCUGCGGGAAGAACGGGCCCACGCCCUCAAGACCAAGGAGAAGCUGGCCCAGACGGCCACAGCAUCCUCAGCCGCCGUGGGCUCUGGGGCGCCCCCUGAGGCGGAGCAGGCCUGGCCCCAGAGCAGCGGGGAGGAGGAGCUGCAGCUGCAGCUGGCCCUGGCCAUGAGCAAGGAAGAGGCUGACCAGCCCCCACCCUGUGGUCCCGAGGAUGACGUCCAGCUCCAGCUGGCCCUUAGUUUGAGCCGGGAGGAGCAUGACAAGGAGGAGCGCAUCCGGCGGGGUGACGACCUGAGGCUACAGAUGGCGAUCGAGGAGAGCAAGAGAGAGACGGGGGGCAAGGAGGAGUCGUCCCUCAUGGACCUGGCCGACGUCUUCACGGCCCCGGCUCCCCCCUCCUCUGAUCCCUGGGGCGGCCCUGGCCCCACCACCGGCCCACCCUCUGACCCCUGGGGGGGGCCCCCAGGACCUCCUGUCCCUCCUGCGGCUGACCCCUGGGGGGGCCCAGCUCCUACCCCUGCGUCUGGGGACCCUUGGAGACCCGCCCCAGCCCCUGGACCUGCAGCUGAUCCCUGGGGGGGGCCCCCUGCUCCCCCUGCUGGAGAGGGGGGGACCUCAGACCCCUGGGGGGCGUCCGAUGGCCCAGGCGGGGCCCCAGGCGGUGGCCCGUCCACGGCUGACCCGUGGGCACCGACGCCGGCCUUCUCGGACCCCUGGGGAGGGUCCCCAGCCAAACCCAGCACCAACGGCACCCCAGCGCCCGGGGGCUUUGACGCAGAGCCAGACGAAUUCUCCGACUUCGACCGCCUUCGGACGGCCCUGCCCGUGUCGGGCAGCAGCACUGGGGAGCUGGAGCUUCUGGCCGGAGAGGUCCCAGCACGGAGCCCUGGGGCAUUUGACUUGAGUGGGGUGGGGGGCUCCCUGGCAGAGGCUGUGGGGAGCCCCCCUCCAACGGUGCCGCCGGCCCCCACGCCUCCAACCCGGAAGACGCCAGAGUCGUUCCUGGGCCCCAACGCCGCCCUCGUGGACCUGGACUCCUUGGUGACCCGGCCGGGGCCUGCCCCCCCGGGCCCCAAGGCCUCCAACCCCUUCCUGCCGACCGGAGCCCCUGGCACAGCCACUGGCCCGUCCCUCACCAACCCUUUCCAGCCUCCACCUCCGGCCACGCUCACUCUGAACCAGCUCCGUCUCAGCCCCGUGCCCCCUGCUCCUGGGGCCCCAGCAGCCUUCAUCUCGCCCCUGGGUGGGGGGCCCGGCCUGCCUCCCAUGAUGCCCCCAGGAUCCCAGCCCCCCAACACUAACCCCUUCCUCCUAUAACCAGGCGGGGGGGGAGGGGGAUGCCCGCCCCUCUCACCCACCAGGAGGUCAGUAUUGUGAGUGCAUGUGAAAGGGGGGGACCCUUCCUCCCCCUCCCCCCCAGCCUCGGCCCCACCCUGACCCACUCACACUACACCCUCUCCCCGGCCCCCUCCGCAGCCUGGAAAGCGGAGGGAGGCUCGGUGAGGGAGGGGGACGCCCCUAUCCUGAGGCAUUAGAUGGGGUUGGGGCAUUUGGGCACCCCCUCCCUGAUUCCCCCCAGCCUUGAACCCCCAUCCCUCCCAAUCAGUGUUUGAGCCCUGAUCGUCCCCUUCCCCCCAGUGACUGUCCCUGGUGAUCACUCUUCUGACUUCUGUAAUAAACGACAUUUCGGAUGGGCA